AUGACUUCUGGAGUUAAACGUAAAGAAUCUGUAACUAAACGCAAGAAAUACAUUCCCAACUUGCAUUUCCUUAGAUUUAAUUCAAUUAAAAAAUCUGAUGAUGAAGUAUCGAGUAAAAAAUUUACAACCGGGCGAACAAAUUCAAAUGGAGUAAGAGAUGCUCCUUUCCAAAAGUUUCCCAUAUGGAAGUCAACUAAAAGAAUUGGUUCAUUUAUAGUACUUCUUAAAUCAUCUAAAUUAAGGUCAGCUAAUGAAUCUGAAUCAUUUAUUGAACCAGAUUUAUCAACGAUUUUUGACGUGGAAAUAAUUAAACAAGCCGCUUCAAAAGGUGACCUAGAGGCUCAAUUUAUUCUCGGAUCAAUGUACGUUGAUGGCUCAUGUAUUAAAAAAGAUAUUCAAGAAGCUUUAAAAUGGUUAAAAAAUUCAGCAAAAAAAGGUGAUCUCAAAUCACAAUCUUUAAUCGGAGAAUUAUAUUAUGAUGGAACUGAAAUUAAUGAAAAGAGAGAAUCGAAAUAUAAAAAAGCUUUUAAAUGGUUUAACGAAGCGGCUAAACAAGGUGACAUUAACGCUCAGUUAAUCGUUGGAUAUUUAUUACAUGAAGGAAAAGGUGUCUCCAAAAAUAAAGAAGAGGCUUUUAAAUGGUUUGAUAAAGCAGCCGCUCAAAGUGGUAUUAAUGCUCAAUUAAGCGUUGGACGUAUAUUAUAUGAAGGAAAUGGAAUUACUAAAAAUGAAGUAGAAUCUUUUAAAUGGUUCAAAAAAGCUGCAGAACAAGAUAACAUUGAUGCUCAAUUAAUGGUUGGUUGCUUAUUGUAUGAAGGAAAAGGUGUCGUUAAAAAUCAUAAAGAGUCUUUUAUCUGGUUUGAAAAAGCUGCUAAACAAGAUAAUGUCGAUGCUCAAAUGAUUAUUAAUGGAAUCUUUUCUAAAGUUGAAGGAAUUCAAAAGAAAGGUAAUGAAACAAGAAUAAUUACAGAACAAAUGUAG